GAUAUGAGUGCACUGGUUGAGGGUCGGAUGCGUUACAUCCCCUUGGCUCCAGACUCCGACUGGAGGGAUCUGCCCAACAUCGAGGUCCGACUGAAGGAUGGCACCCUGACUAAGAAACUGCGUUACACACAUCAUGAUAAGAAGAAUGGGCGUAGCGGCACCGGUGCACUCAGAGGUGUUUGCACCUGUGCAGGAGGUAAGCCUUGUGACCCUUCAGACAGGCAGUUUAAUACCCUGAUCCCCUGGUGUCUGCCCCACACUGGGAACCGCCACAAUCACUGGGCGGGACUCUAUGGCAGGUUGGAAUGGGAUGGUUUCUUCAGCACAACAGUCACCAAUCCUGAACCAAUGGGCAAGCAGGGCCGUGUACUCCAUCCUGAGCAGCACAGAGUUGUCAGUGUGAGAGAGUGUGCACGCUCUCAGGGGUUCCCUGACACCUACCGCUUCUUUGGAAACAUCCUGGACAAACACAGACAGGUUGGAAAUGCUGUGCCCCCUCCGCUCUCCAGGGCCAUUGGGCUUGAGAUUAAGAGGUGCAUCACGGAAAAGAUGAAGGAAGAACAAGCAUCAGAGAACAUUAAACAAGAGAAGAUGGAGCUCUCUGAUUAAGCGUGUAAAGUUUUCAUCAAGAAUCACUUCUGCAAAUCCUGAUGCUGGUGAAAUGAUUUCUCUCAAAUAAGUUGCGAUAUAAUGGCGUCACCAAGUGGCCGCUAUGGACUUUCUAUGUAGUACCAUUCCACAUUGAGUUUUAAAUGUGCUUUUAAUCAUGAUGUUGUUGCUGUUGUUGUUAAAUGUUCACCUAAUGUGGGAUAAAUUGUAUGUAGUUUUUAUAUGUAAUAUUUCAAAUAAAUCUUACGAAAUUCUA